CCUGACACUCCCCCUGCCCUAUCCUACCCCUGGCUCACCUUGUUGACCACCACACUCCCUUUCACCUUGCCCCUUGGUGACUCGCAUCUGACAUUCUGCCCAUCCCCUCUAUCCUAGCACCAUGCUCUUUUGCCCCCUUCCCUUGCUUUUACCUCUAACCCUGAUCCUUCCCUACCCUUCUCACCCUACAUUCCUCUCCAUACCGUGUCCCCCUCCUUAUUACCUCAUAAUGCACCUUUACCUAUGUGCCUUUCCGAAGAGGCCCUCUAUUACCCCAUUCCUCCAAUCUUUUCUAAAAUGCCCCUUCCUAUGGGCAUGCAUGCUCUGCUCUUUACUCGCCUUACACUGCAUGCCCCCUCCCGCUGCCCCAGACGACCCGCUCCCUCCUUCCUUGACCCAUCUCAGGUGUAUGUGUAAGCAGGCAAUACAGUCGCCCACGUGAAGACGCCUCGCAGGAGUCCAAGAGAUCAAGGAGGGGCAGAUGCACAGACUGGAAAAAAAGAGAGGACAGACAGAGUGUGAAAGACAGAAAGGAGGAGAGAGGCUCGAUCCCUUCCACACAUACCCCGCAGCACCCCGCACACAGGGGGCAGCAGCUCCUCCAGGGCAUUAGGGCCCCGGCUCCCACUCUUUGGAUUAUAUUUGGUUUCCUGGAAAGAAGAAAUGGAAUGAAAAAAAUCAUCAACAAAAGAGAAAUCCCCCCAGAGACAGCCAGCAGCCCACCCUAUGCAGGGUUCUCGUUCUUUGCUGCUGAGAUUUGGGUUCUGUCCUUCUGCCGUGAGCUGCCUCCUGUCGCUGGAUGACACAGCUCUUUGUUGUGACCCAGAACACCAUGCUUCUCCCCCUGAUGUUACUCUUCGAAUUGUGAAACCCUCACGGAUUGAAACGUCUGGAUGUAUCGCUCACAGGAACAGUUUGGAUCCCGAUUUCCCCGUGACCCCUUCAUCAGUGGAAUCAACACAGCAUGGAACUCUCCUCACCCCCGAGCGUGGGUCCCUGCGGGCAGAUGCUCUUCCAACAUCAGCCAAUCGCAGUUGCCACCCCAUUUGCCCUCUAGUCAUGUGACCAACAUUGGUCAUCCCAACAAGCCGUAUUACCCUCUGGGUUCUGCCCCCGGCCCCCGGUUGGGGAAGUUGGAGCGAGUGCACUCGUGCGUGCAGGCUCUCCUCAGGGACGAGCAGCAGCCGCAGAUUUGGGAGCAGCUCGGACAGAUCUACGAGUCGGAGCAGGAAUGGGAGGACGCCGUGCGCUGCUACCAAACCGCCGCGCGCUAUCAUGGCGGCUACGAGCUGAGUGCGCACAUCUCCAGGCUGCAGCAGACUCACCUAUGGAACCUGCACUCCAAUCCUCAUCAUCGGCCUAAGUCUCUGCCGCCGCUACAACAAGUCUGGGACCUUAUGCAACACGAGCAGAAGAGGCAUUUUGUGGGUAAGAGGGGUCCCCCACAGCUGAAGCGCCCUGUCCCCCCAACUGAGUCUUCAGCCCUCCAAUCUCCCCCUCACAAUCCUCAUGGGGGCGAGGAGCAGCCCAUGAAGCGCAGAAGGAGCGGGAGUCCUGACCAGCAGCGGAGAGGAUCCCACAAUCUGCACUCCCCUCCGAACACAGGAGGUUCUGGGAAUUUGUACCACCAGGCGCCUGCAAAGCCGAAUGUUUGGAAUCCUCUUACCCAUGAGCCUUGGGUGGAACGAAGGGACAGGCAGGAUCCCCGCAUACCACCCCAUAUUGCAUCUUAUCCCCCUUACUGUCCUCCUCGUCCACCACCACUUCACCAGCAACCACGCCCUCUGAGUGACCUUACUGAGGCUCGGGGUCAAAGGUCACCGACAGAGGUCACCCCUCCAGCACCACCACCACUUCAUGUGCCUUACGACCAGAGAAGACACCGCAUUCCGCCACCGAAACCCUCUAGGACUGAUCUACCCCCUUCCUCCGAUCGCUACCAGAGCCCUGUGGAACCUGCUAGGAUCUGCCCCCCUCCUCCGGAGCAGCAAGACCCCCCCAAACCGCUCUGCUUGCCUGUCCAGCCCCAGCCAUCUCCUGCCCCCUGCCCUCCCCCACUGCAACAGAGCUGGCUGCCUGCCCCAGUCAAGGAGGAGGUGAAGAGGGGCGAUGCUCUGGAGGAAAUACUGUAUGGAGAGAAUCCUGGAGGGGUCAAGCGGGAAGGGUAUUUCCCGCCCUGCAAAACCCAAGAGGGGGCCAGCGUCUACGAGCACCGAACUCAGGGCAUCACCACCAGCAAUGUCAGGCCAAGAUCUGAGGCCUUCCAGUCGGCCAGCCUGGAUCAUGUACUCAAGAGCCUGCAAAAGAUUGAUGACCCUGUGUUUACCCCCAAAAAAGAGGAGGAAAUGGGAGAAGGAAUCCGAAAGCAACCCCGCACCCCAGAGAAGGAUGACUCGAAGAUACCAAGCCAUGGACUCUCUAGGGCUGAAGGCAGCUAUUCGGGUGGGAAGGGCUCUCCUGUGCAAGAGGACAACACCUCACUCGUCCCUUCUUCUGCCCCUCACCACAAAGAUACCUCAGGGAGCAUGCAGGUGUCGGGUUCUGUUUCUCCAUCAGCACAGUCAGUCCCAAAUCUGAGCAGCCAACCGCUGAGUCCAAGCCCGGCCUUCUCAGAGAGCAAUGGAGGUUGCAGGCAGGAGAAGGAGAAGUCUGCUGGAUGCGACCAACUCUUUGACUUCCCCGGAGGGCAGUUAGCUGAGCCUUUUGAGGAACCCUCAGAGUUUGCAAAGAUUUUGCCUGAUGGGUUGGAUGAUAUCAUGAAAAUGUUGGAUGAGUCCAUUGAGAAAGAAGAAGUUGGUGGGAGCUCCAAUGGAGAGGACUUUAUCUCCCCUGCCCCUUCCACUUGUCCCCCAACUGAGGCCAGGUCAGAUCCCCACCUUGCUGGUCCAACCCAAAACAGUGUGCCAGGAACAAAAAUGGCAGAAGUGAGGCCUAGCGAGUUGUUCCCCUAUUAUGGUCCCAAAAAAGCAAUACUGGGACAGGAAGGUGGCAGUGAGACAAGACCUGCGCAGCAUGGUGGAAAUAGUGUUCUGAAAUCGUUGGCCAGUGUGCUGGAAGGACAGAAGUAUUCCUACCGUGGUGGUGCUGGCCUGAAGGGAGGAGGAGGCCCGGCCUACUUCGCUGGUGCUAUGGUGGGCAAGCGUAGCAACCCAUACACUGCGCAAUCUACCUCACGCCGGGCCUGGGAUGAAAAAACUGUUAUUGGGGCAACCCCUACCUCAGAAAUCACAGGGCAAGGGAUGUUAGGCAGAAGGACAGGAGUGCGGACUGAGACGGACAUUCUAGAGGACAUCUCACGAGCUUGUGAAACUCUAGUAGAGGGUUCUAGAGUGUCUGGGUGCAGCCGGGUGGAGGAAGAUAGGACAUCCGAGAAGACAGCCAGAAGGCCCGAAGUGGUGAUAGAAAGAAAACCAGAGAGACAUUGGGGGGCAGGUAAACAGGAGAGUCCAGUUAAGGCAAGUACUGAAUUACCUUGGGGAACAAAUAAGCAAGAAGGGGCAGCCGAGAAGAAUCUAGAUACAGCCUGGGGGCCUGAGAAACCAACAGGACCAGUCCCAAAGAAACCAGAGGUGCAAUGGACGGCAGCAAAACCGGAAUCAGUGGUAGAAAGGAAGCAGGGGACACCCUGGGUGGUAGAUCGAAAGGAAGAGACUGUUGAUAGGGACUUAAAAAUAUCAUUGAAGGUAGCUGGGAAAAAGAAUGUCACCGGCCAUGUUGACUCAACUCAAACGACAGCUAAGGAACAUGCCUCAAAGUUGCAUGGGACAAGCAUCACAGAAAUGACGAAGUUGGAUGGGGUACUUGAGAGAUUGCAGGAGUUCAUUGAAAGUCAGUCACCAAAAAAGACAACAGAACCACAGAUACCCCAGGUGGCAAUAAGUGACAAUAAUCCAUCAGAGCUACUAAAGCGAAAGGGCGAGAAAGAGAGCAUUAAAUCCCCAGGUGAGGCGCCCAAGUUGGAAGCCGAAACGGAGGGUGCUAGGGUAGUAGAGUCGGAGAGACCCCAUGAGAGACUGACCAUCUCCUUGCCUGCUCCAAACCGCAUCAAAGAGGAGGGAAAGAAGAGGGACAAGAAACACAGGAAGUCCAAGAGAGACCGUAGCAGGAGGGCAAAAGAGGGACGCUCACAAAAGGACAAAGAGAGACAGAUUUUGGGUAACUUGGAUCUUCAAAGCCAGUGUAGGGAUGCACCAAAAUCUUCUCAGAAACAAGGGACAGGGGGAGAUAGAAGGAAAUCUGAGACGGGUAGAAGGGCAGGGGAGGAAGGACACCACCACCAACCCACCACCCCUGCUACCCCAGCUUCUGCUCUUUCUCCACCUUCCAAUGGGAACGUAACAUCAGACCUGUUGAAAAUGAGACCCUUCAUGGAGGGUCCGCCCAAGGAGCUGAAGAUCCGGUUGAUAAAGGUGGAAAGCGGGGAUCGAGAGACCUUCAUCGCAUCCGAGGUGGAGGAGAGGAGACUACAUGCCAGCGAGUUGACCAUUAACCACUCGGCUGCAGAUAUUGUCCGAGCCACCAAAAAUUUAGUGAUGAAGGGAAAGUUCAAGGAAUCCUACCUCUUGCCCUCUAUGUCCGUGAAACCCCCCAUGGGAACCGAGCGUAACCUCCCGCGGGAGAAACUCAACCCUCCCACACCCAGUAUCUAUUUGGAAAGUAAACGCGAUGCUUUCUCUCCCGUUCUUCUUCAAUUCUGCACCGACCCGAAGAAUCCCAUCACGGUGAUACGUGGAUUGGCUGGGUCCUUGCGGCUGAACUUGGGUCUCUUCUCCACGAAGACCUUGGUGGAUGCCAACGCGGAUCACUCCGUCGAGGUUCGUACUCAAGUGCAGCAGCCGUCCGAUGAGAACUGGGACCCGUCUGGAACCCGGCAAGUCUGGCACUGUGAGAGCAGCCGUUCCCACACCACCAUUGCCAAAUAUGCUCAGUACCAGGCAUCUUCCUUUCAAGAGUCUCUACAGGAAGACAAGGACAGUGAUGAUGAACUGAAUGAACCUGACAGCACCACAGAACCCCCACCCCCUAGCACAAACCAGGAGCACAAGACCCCUCAAAUUAUCAAGUUUGGCACCAAUAUUGACCUCUCUGACCCAAAAAGGUGGAAGCCUCAACUUCAGGAACUGCUGAAGCUGCCUUCCUUCAUGCGCGUCACGUCCAACGGAAACAUGCUAAGCCACGUAGGACACACCAUCCUAGGCAUGAAUACGGUUCAGCUGUACAUGAAAGUACCAGGAAGCCGGACCCCAGGCCACCAAGAGAAUAAUAAUUUCUGUUCCGUGAACAUAAACAUCGGCCCCGGGGACUGCGAGUGGUUCGCCGUGCAUGAGAAUUACUGGCAGGAGAUCAGCACCUUCUGCGACAGGCACAACGUGGACUAUCUGACCGGUUCCUGGUGGCCAGUCCUAGAGGAUCUGUACAACGCGGAUAUCCCCGUGUAUAGGUUUGUACAGCGGCCGGGAGAUCUGGUGUGGAUCAACGCGGGGACCGUUCACUGGGUGCAGGCCAUCGGAUGGUGCAACAACAUCGCCUGGAACGUGGGGCCGCUGACACCUUAUCAGUACCAGCUGGCCCUGGAACGCUUUGAGUGGAACGAGGUCAAGAACGUGAAAUCCAUUGUUCCGAUGAUCCACGUGUCGUGGAACGUGGCGAAGACUGUGAAGAUUAGUGACCCCGACCUCUACCGCAUGAUAAAGCACUGCUUAAUGCAAUCGAUCAAGCGCUGUCAGAUACAGCGGGACAGCCUGAUCCGCAGCGGCAGGAAGAUCGCGUACCAGAGCCGAGUGAAGGACGAACCUGCGUAUUACUGCAACGAGUGUGAUGUCGAAGUGUUCAACAUCCUGUUCGUGACGAGUGAGAGCGGCGGGAAGAACACGUACCUCGUCCACUGCGAGGGCUGCGCGCGCUCCGCCAGCAGCAACAUGAGUAACGUGGUGAUUCUGGAGCAGUACAAGAUGGAGGAGCUCAUGCACACGUAUGACGGCUUCAACCUGGCACCACCCCCAAGCACACGGUGAGGCUCCGCCCCCUCCUGCUGCCCCUACAGCAGCCUCUCCCCUUUCUUCAUCUGCCACCGAGCCAGCCAAUCAAAUCUCCCCCCCUCCUUUACCCCAGAGAGAGGGAAGAGGGGGGAAAUGGUGCUAUCCAACCAGCAAGUCACAGACGAGAGCCACGGAAUGGGGGAGGAUGGAGGGGAGCCAAUCAUAGAUCGGCAGCUUUUGUCUCUCUCCAGCCAAUCGCAGGCCUUGUUUACACAGAUCCCGUCCCAAUGCGGGAACAGCCAAUCAGGAUGCAGGAUUCUACUUGUCCACAUUGCUAAUUUUAUUUUAUUUUUUUGUAAUUUUAUCAGGAAUAUUUAUUCUGAAAUCUUGAAUUUGUGACUUUGGGGAGG